AUGUUAACUCUUGUCGUGUUCUUGCUUUGUACAGCCUCCUCUGUCUCAGCUUCUGCCAAAGGUGGUGCUGCUGGACCCCGGCUGAACAACAACCAGCUGUACAAAUUCAGCUACACCGCCGAGGUGCUGGUGGACAGGGCCAGGGGGUCAAAAGAGGGCAGUGCUGGCUACAGGAUUUCAAGUGAUGUUGACGUCAACCUAGUGUGGAGAGAUCCAAGUAGCAAGGAUGACCAGUUGAUUCAACUGGCGAUCUCAAAUGUGAGGGUCGAGCCUGUGUCCCAUCGAUCUCAGAAGAAGAACGUCUUCCGUGGAUCAACAGCCAAAAGUGUUUUGGGGGAGACCAAUCUAGCAGCUCUGACAAAACCUUUCUUUGUGCAUCUUAAAAAUGGAAAGGCCAAAGCAUUUUAUUCCUACUGGGCCGAACCUGCAACCAUCAAGAACCUAAAACGAGGACUGGCCAGCUUGCUGCAAGUACAGCUCAAUACUGGGAAAGUUAUAGAGAAUGAUGUGUCCGGAAGGUGCACAGUCGAGUACAAGGCAGUAAAAGGCCAAGUGACAAGAACCAAGAUCCUGGAGACGUGUAAGACGGCAGAGACUGGAUUCACCACACACAGUGAGGUCUUGGGUGUGAACAGGAAGUCCAGUUCUGUUACAGUCUUCACACUUGAGGAUGGUUUCAUCCGCUCCGCCAUGGCGGAAGAAAUGCACUCAGUGGCUGUAAACACUCGUAGAUCUCUUGCAGCGAAAGUUGUGUCCAGGCAAACCCUCACACUGACAGGCACGGGGGCUGGACCACUGGAGGCCGCUGGGAAAGAUGUCUCUGGGGUUGUCAAGUCGAUUGACGCCAAACUUGCAGCUGUUGGUAUCGUGGCUGAGAAGGUCAAAACCCAGUGCAAGGGUUGUCCGUCACUUUUUGAACAUUGGCAGGCUCAACAAAAGCAGCUGGAGCCAGCGAGCCUGUCCAAAGCCAUUGCUCCCCGCAGCUUCCUGGCCCUCAUCCAGACCAUUAGGAAGGCUCCCAAGGACGAGAUCCUCAAAGUUCUGAAGAGUGCCAGCAAGACAUCUCUACCUCAGGUGGUGGACGCUGUGACCUCCUCCCAGACCGCUGCAUCUCUGGAUGCAAUGCUUGAAUUCCUUAACUUCACCGAUGCCAAAGGUUUUGUCCUGCAGGAGAGAUUUCUCUAUGCAUGUGGCUUUGCUUCACAUCCCAAUGAGAGGAUGCUCCAGGCUCUGCUGGACAUUUCUAAUGGGAAGAUCGGCAGCACUGUCAUCAAAGAGUCUGUGGUGAUCAUUAUGGGAGCCCUGGUCCACAAACUGUGUCAGAAAGGAGGGUGCGACUUACCGACAGUGGUCCAGGUGAAGAAGCUGAUUUUAGACGGUCCUGGCAGCACACAGGAUGAGUCCAAGGUCCAGAUGUACCUUCUAGCUCUGAAAAACUCACUGCUCCCCGAGGCCAUUCCCAUCUUUACCAAAUAUGCAGAGUCAGAGGUCGGAGCUUACAACACCAUUGCCCUCACUGCCCUGCAGAGAUACGAUGUCAAGUUCAUGACUGAUGAGGUAAAACGGACAGUGAGCAGGGUUUACCAUCAGAAUCGACGGAUCUAUGAGAAAAUCGUGAGAGCUGCUGCUGCUGAUGUCAUCCUCAGCAGCAACCCCUCAUACAUGGAGGUCAAGAAUCUGCUUCUGUCCAUUGGAAACCUGCCACAUGAAAUGAACAAGUACAUGCUGUCGAAGAUCCAGGACAUCGUCCGCUUCCAGAUGCCUGCCAGCAAAGUCAUACGCCAAGCAAUGAAGGACAUGAUUUCCCAUAACUAUGACCGUUUUGCAAAGGUUGGGUCAUCAUCUGCGUUCUCAGGAUUCAUGGCACAGUCUGAUGACGUGACCUCCACAUACAGUUUGGACAUCCUGUAUUCAGGCUCUGGGAUCCUGAGGAGAAGCAACAUGAAUAUAUAUGGUACUAGUAAAGGAGCAAUGCUACAUGGACUACAGGUGGCAAUCGAGGCCCAGGGUCUUGAGUCACUGAUUGCUGCCACACCUGACGAGGGAGAGGAAAACCUGGACUCGUUUGCCGGGAUGUCGGCUCUGCUGUUCGAUGUCCAGCUGAGGCCCGUCACCUUCUUCAAGGGUUACACUGACCUCAUGUCCAAAAUGUUCUCCAUGACUGGGGAUCCCAUGAACGUAGUGAAGGGUCUCAUCCUGCUGACUGAUCAUUCUGAGGUCAUCCAGCUGCAGUCUGGUCUGAAGGCAAGUGCAGAGUUUCAAGGAGGGUUAGCCAUUGAUAUUUCUGGAGGCAUGGAGAUGAGUCUGUGGUACAGAGAGUCCAAGACCAGCAUCAACAACAGAGGAGCCCUAGUGGUCACUGGUAAUGUUACUGUGGACAUGGACUUCAUGAGAGCGGGUGUGGAGGUCAGCUUUGAAACAGAGACAUCGCUGGAUUUCAUCACCACGGUCCAGUUCUCUGAAUAUCCCUUCUUGGUGUGCAUACAGAUGGACAAAACUACCUUCCCCUUCAGUGAAUUCCUGACCAAAUAUGAGAGCCUGUCUUCAGGGAAGAACGUAGUGUCGCGUAAGAGCAAGAAACAGCUGGUCCCUGGCUCUGAAUUCCCUCUUAACCAGGAGAACUCAAACAUGUGUAAGAGGGUUUUCGACUCCAGCUGGUAGAGAGACCAUGAACUAUCUUAUGGGCAGGUUAUCGUCACUCAAAAAGGGUUCAUUGCAUUCAGGGACAGCUAUCACACCUCAGCCUCAAGCAGUGAAUGUAAGAGAGAAAAUUGGUGAAUGUUUUUCUUUUUUUUUUUUUUUAAACAACACAUGCAAUGUUUACAUUCCUGUGAGUAUUUAAUUUUGAUUUGACAUUUUGUUUGAAACCAGCAAUUCUUGCAUUGUCUUUUUAUGGAUUUCUUUGAAAAUGUAUUUAUGACAGGCACAUACAGGAUGUAUUUUUUUUUUUGAUGCGUAAUACACGAAUAGUACCACUGUAAUUUUCCCCAACACAGUUAUAGUAAAGACGUACAUGUAAAUAUCACACUGGAGACAGUGGAUUAACUUUCCCAUUAAAAGAAACGCUCCUUUCAGUCAACAUUCCUUUGUUUUUUAAUUAAAUUUGUUUAAUAUGGAGGAGCAGUUCUAGUUUUAUGUCACCGUAUUGCUGUUCACACACUUGAAAUAACUCAUAUACCCGAGUAAUGAUAUCUAUCCAUCCAUCCAUCCAUUUUUUGCCGCGGGUCACAGUGGUGAUUCUCUUAAUUGCUCCUACAGAGACGAUGUGUGUGCAUUGUCUUUACAUUGUACUUGUAAGAUUGGAGGUGAAAAUCAUACCUAUAAAAGUGAAUCCAUCAACACUUGAAUAUUUUUUUUUUAUUUUUGACAUUUUACAUGUCAAAGUCAGAGUAUUUGUCAUGAGGAGUAGAGCAUAAAAACAGUUGUAUAUAUGUUGGUAUGUAUGUCAUGAGCUUUAAGUCUUAGAAAGAUGCUCAACUGACUCAUUUUAGCUUAAAGAUGAAACAUUUAUAACAAAAAGCCUGCGUUACAAAAUGGGAACAUGGUGACUAUUUAACAUUUUAGAUAUUUAAGAUAUUUUUUGAUACUUAAGAAGGCAUCUGCUGAAUAUCACAUACAUGUAUACUGCAAUAUGGCUGAUGUAAAAGCAGAAUUGCUGGACCCAGCAGAAUGUUUUGAUAUCUACAUGUGACAUGAGAAAAAAUGGAGCUGCAGUACUGGUCCCUUUUUAGCCGGGUUAGCUGCUUAGCUCCACGGAUGCUAAUGUCAAUCACUGUUGUUCCAGCACUUUGGUCAAAACCAAAAUUGUCAUGAAACUUUUUGGAGACGGUUAUGGUUACCAGAGCUUGAAUUCUACUGACUUUGAUGAUCCUCUGACCUUUUCUUCUAACACCACUGCUAUUAAUCUGUACAAAAAUUUGGUUUAUGACCAAAAACCUGCAAAAAAUAAUAAUUCCCAUUAGUCUCAACUGUGCUUUGUGCUAGUGCUAAGUAGAAAUGUUAGUAUGCUAACAAACUAAACUAAGAUUAUGAAUAUGGUAAAUACAGUAGUAUACCAGCUAAACAUCACCAUAUUAACAUUGGACAUGUUGGCAUGCUGACAUUGUUAAGCUAAACACAUUGCUAGAGUGGCUGUAGACUCUCUUUCGUGCUAAUAGAAAACCAGUGAUCCCUGUGUAGGAGUUUCAAGUGGAGAAUGAACAAUCAGGAAGCAGAUAUGACGGAAAACUCCUCAAUUUUAAUUUGUAUAAAUCACAGCAGAUUUUGAUAGGUAGGGUUUUCUUUAUACCCCAUACUGUGUAGGCUUUGUCCACAUUAGCAUUUUGUUAGCUUUACUGUUUUAAGUAAACGCCUUGCCCUCAUUAGUUUGUGGUAGGAGACAAAAUGUACCUUAGUGGCCUAAAUGCAAGACACACUUCUUGAUCCAGGUGAGGCAAUAAAUCUUGACUUUUCUUGUGUCACAGCUGUGACAUCAGAGCCCCUACUGGCAUCCAAACACAACAACUGGGCCUUAAUGUAGAUUCUUUAGAAACCACUGAGAGCAGCUGGGGGCAAACCAGUCUCGCUGCAUCCAGGGCAACCAAAUAAACACAGCAGCAAACUGUCAGGGUAAACUUAAGCCUCAGGCCGGGUGAUGUUUCAGUGUCACCAGAAAGCUAACCUUGCAUGCUGGCAGAUGCCAAAUGUGUACUUCUGUUGGCAUUAAUCCAUUCGAUUGCCUUUGACCCAUGUCAGAUGCUUUUCUGUGUUUUCCGCGCUGAAACUUUAUCAGCCACGGAUCAAACUCCAGCCACAAUAAGGUCAGGGAGAUAGAAGGAAAUAAGAUGCAAAUAUGGUCAACACAAAAUAUCACAUAAAAAAUAUGUGCUAAUGUUCAGAAACAGUAUCAAAUAGUCACAAUCAAAGUAUGCAUAAAUGUUUGAAUAAAUGACUCUUUAUAAAAGAAUUUAUAAAGGAUUAAUAGGUUGCAACUAUAUUGGCUUUAUUAAUGAUGAAUAAAUCAAUUGUUAAUGCUUCAAAGAUCAGUUAUAAACCAUUUUUUACACCAUUUUUAAAAUGGUUUGAAGAAGUAAUAAAUGAUUUAU